GUCUGUGUCCUUUUUUACCUCCCAAUGAAUCAUCCGGAACCGACCUGAACUCCACUACACUGAUUCCAGCAAAAUGACCGAAUCAUCGAUUAUUAAAGCGAUUUGUGCGCAUAAUGGAUCAAUGAGUUAUAAUGAUCUGAUAUCAAUAUUCAGUGCCUUUGAUGAAGUCAUUGACAGAAGUGAAUCUUGUGCUGUUGUGUUCGUGAACGGACAGAAGAAAGUGAUCGUUAGAACUAAAGUUCGGCUGUGUAGAGUCCAAAACUGUCCCGGAUGCGCGAAUUUACACCUGUGCAAAUUUUACCUGUUCGGUUCUUGUCGGUUCGACACAGGAAGGCGCCGCUGUCGUUUCAGUCAUGAUUUGAUGUUGGGUCAGAACGCUUUCGUUCUAUCAGCUCAUAAUCUGGACACACUGGACACAAGAGAACUCUGUGUACUGUUACUACAGAAUGACCACACGCUCCUACCAGCGGUGUGUCAUUCGUAUAAUAACGGCACGGGACAGUACGGCCGCUGUGAGGACGGAGAGAACUGUCGGAGACUUCACAUCUGUGAGAAAUACCUGUGCGGGCCGUGUGAAUGUCCCCGAGCUCACGAUUUCUAUGAGCCUCAUCCACUGAAGACCCUGCAGGACAGAGGAGUGCCCACCGAACUCAUGUUCCUCAUGAAGGAGAUCUACUCAAAUAUUCAAGCCAUGAAGCAGCCGACCAAAAACAGAGCAGCUGGACAGAACCCCAGAAGAGGUCCGAACACACAGAACCGAAGGCCCUCAACUGCUCCUACGGCGGGCCAGCCGUCUCGGACACCCACAGAGAAAACUGAGAUCUGCAUGUAUUACAUCAAAGGAUUCUGCAAGCAUGGAGACUUGUGUAGGAAAGAGCAUUGCAGCGUGCCGUAUAAAUGGGAAGUUAAGGAAGGAUGUGAAUGGAAAGGUCUUCCUGACAAUGAGGCGAUCGAGGCAGAUUACUGUAAUCCGGCAAAAACAUGCAGCUCUGGAGUCAACCCGGUUUAUUUUGAUAUGAUGACUCGAGGCCCUCACAGUGUGCGCCGCUUGUCCACUGUCCCAUCAGUGAUUCAGCCCACCUUCAUUCUGACCACUGAGUGGAUCUGGUACUGGGAGAACGAGUUUGGAAACUGGAUCCAGUAUGCAUCAGCUGAAGCGAGUCACGGGUUAUCCUCCAUCACUAGUGACGACUUCGAGCAGAAAUAUCAGUCUGACGCCAGCGCUGUGGUGGAGUUCACCGCCGGAUCACAGACGUAUGAGCUCAGCCUCACAGAUAUGAUCCAGACAAACAAACAAUACGGAACCAAAAGGCUCGUCAGACGGCGUCCCAAAUUUGUGUCGGCAGCUGAAGCACAAACGAUCAAGACAACCAAAAGGGCUCCGAGCACCUUUAAAGCUCUGCCGGCGCACUGGAAUAAAGCCGUGACUCCGGACACGGGAUACAAGAGAGUGUCGCUGCAGACUUCAGACGGUGGAUACAGUGCAAUCAAACGGCUCUUCACGAGCACCAUGAGAGGCUUCGACAUUGUGCGGAUUGAGAGAAUCCAGAACAAAGCAUUAUGGGAAGUGUUUCAGUGGCAGAAGGAUCUCAUGAAGAAGAACAACGGGGGCAGAGACGUGGCAGAGAAGCAGCUCUUCCAUGGCACAGACCCCAAACAUGUGGAUGCCAUCUGCCUGAACAACUUCGACUGGCGGAUCUGUGGCACUCACGGCACGGCGUACGGCAAAGGUAGUUAUUUUGCUAGCGAUGCUAGUUACUCCCACGGCUACACCAAGGAUUCAGGGACUCGCUCCAUGUUCGUUUGUCGUGUCCUGGUUGGCGACUACAUCACAGGUCAUUCCAGCUACCUCCGGCCGCCCUCCAAAGAUGGAGGAGACACGAUCUUCUACGACAGCUGUGUCAAUGACGUCCACAACCCCUCCAUCUUUGUUGUGUUUGAGAAGCACCAGAUCUACCCGAGUAUCUCAUCCAAUACCAAGAUGCAGUUCAGCAUCACUCACACACACCUGCUGCGUUCACGAGUCCGGCUUCAUCCUUGUAUUCGGUUCCGCCGGUGCCAAACACCUCCACGACCUCCAACCAAGGUUGCAUCAUUUCCUGAUUGUCUACGAGACCUCUGGAUACAAAUCGACACUGACCGAUUGAUUGAGAAUCUGUUCAUCAUGGCGGAAGAAACUGUUUUGAAGAUUCUGUGUGGCUGUAAUGGAGCGAUGGAUUAUGAGCGACUGCUGGAUAUCUCAUACGGACUAACAGAAAUAUUCCGGGACAAUUCACUGGAUAAAGUCAUCGAAAACAGCGAGUUAUUCACUGUCAUACAACACGACGACAGAAAAGAGGUUUUCGCUCAAACUCGCGUUAAGAUGUGUAAAAUUAGUGGGUGUAAUGAGGUGUGUAACGACAUACACCUGUGUAAAUAUCAGCUCAUGAACGGAGACUGUAACAGGCGAGGCUGCAGUUUCGGGCAUCAGCUGAUGUCACAGCACAACAUCAGAGUCUUGAGUGUGAGUCACAUGAUCCGUCUGAGCCGAGAAGAGCUGUGUGUGAUAUUGCUGCAGUGUGACAGCAGUUUACUGCCACCUGUGUGUGUAUCGUACAAUAAAGGCCGCGGGCCGUUCGGAAGCUGUCCUGAGAAAGAGACCUGCACGCGACUGCACAUGUGCAUGAGCUUCAUCAGAGGAUGCUGCGAUGACACGGACUGCAUCAGGUCACAUGAUUUCCAUGAGCCUCAUCCAAUCGGAGUCCUGAGACGCAGAGGAGUGUCCAGUCACCUGAUGAGUUUGAUUCCGUUUAUCUACCGCAACAUUGUCAACCUGAAGAGUCACAGAAACCCCAAAAACACUCAACCUGCCCUCAACAACAGAGAGAACGUACAGUGUGAGUCACCACAGACACAUGCAGAAGAAAACAAGAUCUGCCUUUCCUUUCUCAAAGGUUACUGCAAAAGAGCACAUGAAUGCCCCAGAAUUCACUGUAAAAUGCCCUAUAAGUGGCAGGUGAAGGUGUGUGGCGCCUGGACUGACUUACCCAAUAAUGAACACAUCGAGAGAGAGUACUGUGAUCCAUCAAACACAAACGGUUCAGGGAAUGAGCCCAUUUGCUUUGAGGAAAUGAUUUUGGGUCUUGAUAAGGUCCGGCGUCUCUCUACUGAUCCCUCGGUGCUCUGGCCCAAUUUCAUCCUCACCACCAGCUGGGUCUGGUACUGGAAAGACGAGUAUAAUCACUGGGUCCAGUAUGCAUCAAUAAAAGAAAUGCACAGAUUGUCUUCAGUCGGCAGUCACGAUCUGGAGAAGAAAUAUCAGGAGUAUUUACUAAAAAAUGACUCUUCAAAUCAGGAUGCUGUUGUCAAAUUCAGAGCGGGCAGCCGUUACUAUGAGCUCAAUUUCAAAGAUAUGAAACAGAGGAAUGAAGUGAGCGGGACGGAGAGACCUGUCAGACGACGACCCGUGUUUGUGUCUUCAGUCAACGUUAAGAUUCCCAGAAACAGUGAGAAGCACGCCAAUGCCAGGCUUCACUUCUCUAAAGGUGUUCCUAGAUAUUGGGAGCAAACAGCGAUUCGUGACUCUGGAUUUGAGAGAGUUCGUCUCUCGCCGUCUAACAGAGAUUACAAGAGAGUUCAGGAUCUCUUUCAUGAAUCUCCGGGAAGUUUCACUAUCAGACAGAUUGAGCGUGUGCAAAACAGGGAACUCUGGGAAAACUUUAUGAUGAAAAAAGAAGAAAUGAGAAAAGCGAACAAUGAGAGGUUUGGUGAGCGUCUUUUAUUCCACAGCAGCAGCUCGUCCCUCGUUGAUGCUGUAUGUCACAGUAAUGUGGACUUUGACGUGUCUAAUGCAGCGGUAUAUGGACACGGGAUUUAUUUCUCAAAGUGCUCUCCGUAUUCCAAUGAUGUCACCGACGGGUGCGGAGUGAGGAUGAUGUUUGUGUGCAGGGUGUUGCUGGGAUGCUACACCAGAGGCAAACUCUUCCAUUGUCCUCCAGCCAAAGAUGCCAAAGGAAAUCUGUACGACAGUUGUGUGAACGAUACACGUAAUCCCUCCAUUUUUGUGGUGUUUGACAAGUCACAGGUUUACCCAGAGUUCCUCGUUACUUAUGAGGAGAAAAACGUGUUUGAAGCAGCGCCUGUUGUUCAGUCCAGUCCUGACGCUCGUGUCGCAUCCGUCACGACGAGUCUCGCUCGGAUGACUGUAAAGGAAACUAUCCAGGAAAGCUCGGUGAUGGCAGGUUCUGAACACACUGCAUCCUUUUCUAGUUCCAUCACAGAUAAAACGCCUCUCAUUACUGUCUUGAGUUCAACAUCAGAUGCAUCUCCUCCCUCACAUGGUCCAAAGACUCUCAGUCAGGCUGUGAUGACUCAGAAGAGCGAUGAGAGUCAUGUUAUGAAACCACUUCAGUUCAGUGUCCAGCCCUCUGGACCGCUGCAUGAUGGUAGGGUCUUGAAUCUUUCCGAGUCCCCUGAUGUCCAGCAGAUCUCAUCCGAGACGGCAAACAUCUCGAACACUGGGACUGUCCAGAAUGUCACUCAGACUUGUAGCGCUUUGGAGUUGGGAAGCGAGUCCUUGGACGCUCUGAAUACUGUGGUGAAAUACUCAACUAAGACUGAAAACUUGGACAUGUCGUCCUCUCCGGUCCCGUCUCCUCCCGUUGAGUUGAAGAGAUCCUCAGCGUCUCACCAAGCUCAUCUCAGCCAGCUCAGAGUUCAACCGCUUCCUCUCCUCAAACUGUCCGUCCGCAUUAUCAACCAGAAAUGUCCUCAAACAGAGACGGUUACGUGA